AUGAACGGCGACACAGCAGGCAACGCCCCAGAGAUCGAUCUCUACGAGAUCCUCGGCGUCCCGAGGGACGCCUCACAAGCCGAUAUCCGCAAAGCAUACAGAAAAGCGGCCCUUGCCAGCCACCCCGAUAAAGCGCCUGCCGAACAAAGAGAAGAGGCAGAAGCCAAAUUCAAGGCCGCCUCCCAAGCCUACGAAAUCCUUUACGAUGACGAGAAGAGACAUCUCUACGACGCCCAUGGCAUGGCUGCCUUCGAUGGCUCUCGCGGGCCCGGCAUGGGUGGGGAGGUCAACAUGGAAGAUAUCCUGAAUUUGUUCGGUAUGGGCGGUGGCAUGGGCGGGAUGGGAAUGCCAGGCAUGGGAUCCCGCAAAAUGCGACGAAGUCCCGAUGAAAAUCAAAAGUACGAAGUCUCGCUGGAAGACCUGUACAAAGGCAAGACUGUCAAAUUCUCAUCCACCAAGAACGUCAUCUGCUCGAAAUGCAAGGGUUCGGGCGGUGUCGAGAAGGCCCAGCCGAAAGAAUGCUCCGCCUGCAAGGGGCAGGGUGUCAAACAGGUCUUGAGUCAAGUGGGGCCGGGCAUGUUGACCCAGCGCAUGGUUGAGUGCGGUGCCUGCGAGGGCACAGGACAGGUGUUUAACCCCAAGGACAAAUGCAAGAAGUGCAAGGGCAAGAGAGUCACGGAGGAGAAGAAGCAACUCGAACUCUACAUACCCCGCGGCGCUCGAGAGGGGGAUAUCAUCAAGCUUGAAGGGGAGGCAGAUCAGGUUCCUGGGGCGGAGCAGACGGGAGACAUCAUCUUCCACCUUGUUGAGCAGCCCCAUGAAGUGUUCCAACGCACGGGCAAUGAUCUCAGCGCAAAACUCGACAUCACCCUCGCCGAGGCGCUGACGGGUUUCCACCGCGUGGUCCUCAAACACCUCGACGGCCGGGGUAUCGAACUCAACCACCCGCAAGAACCAGGCCAAAUCCUCCGUCCCAGUGAAGUCCUCAAGAUCCGCGGCGAAGGUAUGCCCCUCAAGAAAUCGGACGCAAAGGGCGAUCUCUAUCUCGUCAUCGAGAUAGGAUUCCCCGAAGAUGGAUUCUUCCUGGACAAACCCGAGGCGCUGGAGCAAUUGCAGAAACUCCUCCCUGGACCAGAGCCGCCGAUUGAGACCGAGGAAGCGGACGAAGUCCGCUUCGAGGUGGCCGACAUUGACGACAUUGGGGGUCAGGAGGCGCAAGAGGCCUGGGAGGACGAGGACGGUCCACAGUCGGCGCAGUGUCAGACCCAGUAA